GGCCGGUAGUGCAAGCAAAGAAACAUAAGUAUGGAAUGCGGCUACAGCUGCAAUCCUUAACAAAAGCUUAGAGUGCACUUUGGGGUCGGCCAUCCAACCGCAGCCCAAUGGACUAUAGCGAAGAUACACAUGGAACUCUUGGUUUUGAUGUCGACCAUGAUGAGUCUGAUGAGGAGGUGCUUCCUAGUUCAUUCCAAGCUGGAGAGGCCGUUUUUAGUGUCCCACUGCAAGUUUUCGUUGUUAAGGGGCUAAGCAAAGCAACUAUAGGAUUUCGGCCUUCGGUCACAUGCGAGGGGCAUCUCGCGGAAGUUUCCAAAACCUCCACAGGCUAUGCCUUAAAGGCCCUCGGCUCUGAUCAACAACUAAGUUUCAAGUAUGAGCCACCGUCUCCCAAAUUCUGCCGCAAGCUGCCGAAAUGCGUCUCUUACAGGCUACAGCUGCUUCACGGCUCCCAGUUCCUUUACUCCCUCCGCGGCCUGCCCAAAACGCUGAGGUGCCAGCGAACGGCGAAUGCGGUGGAGUGGGGGCCCGUGCAUGUGGUGUUCCGCCGCUCUGCCGACCUGGACACCUUCCUAGCCACCAUCCGCUAUGUGCAGGUGGCGGAGGUGGCGGCAGCAGCAGCAGCUACGAGUUGUGCAACCGCUGCUGCUGGAAGUCAGGGUGAGAGUCAGCAGGGUGCUGAUGCUGCUGCUGCUAGUACGACCACUUCCAGCGCCUUAAGUGCUGCGCAUGCGAGCCCUGGUAGCAACAGCGAGCAGCAACAACAGCUGGACGGCAGCCCUGGCGAAGCAGCAGAGGUCGGUGGUGAAGGGAAAGAAGGCGGAACCGCCACCCGGGAGGGGGCGGCGGCAGCGCCGACACAGGAGGGGGAAGCCGAUCCGGCAGAUCCGGCGUCGGCGUCCGGGCUGCUAUGGACGGAAGCGGCGGCUGCCUUGUGGAUGGAGGCGGGAGAGGAGGCGGCGGGCCCCUCAGGCGCUCCAGCCCAGGCCGCUCCGCACUCCUCCUCGCCAACCUCCUCCCCCUCCUCCUCCUUCCCACCGGCUCCCAACUCCAGCGGCAGCAGUCCCCUCCCGGGGUCACCAGACGCACCCACGGCACCACCCACUGCCAACUGCGCAGCAACUCCUCCUCCCACCACCUCUUCCUCCUCUUCGUUGCCCUGCUGCUGCUCUAGUCUUGCGUCCCGCUUCAGCAGCGUCUUCCGCGGCCUGCAAGGGCUGUGCUUCACCACGUCACCUUCUUGCUCGUCCCAAACGCACCCCCGCACGCGGCUACUGCUUGCGGUGUCAGCCGCUGCAGCGGCGGCGGCGGUGUCGGCCGGGUACCUGCUGGCGUUGCGUCGCAACCGUACGGCAACCGCCUGGUAGGCAGGUCAGCAGCAUCAGGUGGUCGGUCAAGGCUUGCGCUUGUGCUCUCGGGCACUUCCGCAGGCGUGAAUUAACAGAUGGGGCAGUGAAUGUGCUUGCGUUGUGAUGGAGGUGAUGUGGGCCAGUAUGGGGUGGAAAUGGGGAAGGUGGGGAGGUGGGACCCGCUGCUGCGACUCGUCAUAUGACCCAUGGGACGGCGCUUGGUCUGCAUGCACACUGAUGUUUCCCUGUUCGUUGCGUUUGCUCGCGACGGCUUUGAUGCUUACUAAUGGCAUGUUAUGACGCUCGUUGAACCGAUAACCGGUGACCUCGCCAGCAUGAUGCAGCAUAGCCGUGAGGUUUCCUGGAAGUAAGGAAGUGAUAAGGAAGGUGUGCAUGCUGCGUCUAGAGCGACUCGUAAGCGAACCGUGAGCUAUCCCCUUCACUGUGAAAAGUGACUUAGGUUGGUGUACUGCCGCGCGCGCCAUGUCCCUGUGACGGUCCUGAGUUAGGGCAUGGGUACUACUGUGCUGCUCACUCGCAGCUUGGGCUUCUCCUAAGCCGUGAUCUAAACCGUGAUCGAAGUCCGGUAGCUUCAUCAGGGGGGGGGGUAAAAAUUUUUCUUACAAACCCCAACCCGAAAUUUCCAAAGAGAAGGCCUCGGAGCCACCCACCCACCGCCAAGCGUGUCG